AUGGAGGCACCCGUGCCAUCUCCUCGAUCACAGGACCAGAAAGACCAGGCACUAUUACACUCUGGAGAUGCCUCCCUUAUUUCCGACGGAGUUGCUGAGAAAGAUGACAGCUCUUCAGAUGAAUCGCACGAUGACAACAAUGACGAAGGGUCCAGUCAUAAACAUAUCACCCAACGCCGAAAGCAUCAGAACGCAACAUUUGAAGCAUUACUUUCCCAACGAGUCGACCUCGAUUCGAUCGAAGAAGCCCGACCCGCGAUCCCGAAUGUGCCAGACGCCGAGCUCUCCACGGCUCACUUGGUAGCAAAGCAAGAUCUUGGAGCUGGUCUCUUAGACCCAAGAGAAUACCAAGUGGAACUUUUCGAAAGGGCCAAGUCCCAGAAUACAAUCGCCGUUCUUGAUACUGGAUCUGGAAAGACAUUGAUAGCCGUACUAUUGCUGAAGCAUAUCAUACACAAUGAGUUGAUUGACCGCGCGGCUGGCAAACCUCAUCGUAUAUCGUUCUUCCUGGUGGACAGUGUGACACUCGCAUUUCAACAGGCCGCAGUUUUGCGCAAUAACAUAGAUCAAGAUAUAGCCCACUUCUUUGGGGCCAUGGGAGUUGAUCUCUGGAGCAAGCAAACUUGGGAUGAGCAUUUUCAAAAGAACAUGGUCAUAGUCUGUACAGCAGAGAUACUGAAUCAGUGCUUGCUGAGCUCCUAUAUCAAGAUGAACCAGAUAAACCUGCUUAUUUUCGAUGAAGCUCAUCAUACAAAGAAGGAUCACCCCUACGCGCGAAUCAUACGGGAAUCAUACCUCAAAGCAGACCCUCUGCUACGUCCUAGGAUCUUCGGAAUGACCGCUUCACCUAUAGAUACCAAAGGAGACAUCAUAGAUGCCGCGGUGUCCCUCGAGACUCUCCUGGACAGCAAGAUUGCCACCACAUCGAAACCAAAUCUUUUACGGCAGUUUGUCUAUCGACCGGUGGAAAAGACUUGGGCCUAUGAUAAGCUGGGAGCACCAUUUGCAACCACGUUGUACAAAACCAUGGAGGAUCGCUUCGGCGACAUUGCAGCUCUAGAAUGGAUAUUUAGAUUUGCUCGUCUGGCAAGUUCUGAGCUAGGGAAAUGGUGCUCAGACCGAGCAUGGUUGCAUGCACUGGCCGAUGAUGUGCUACCGAAACUCGAGAGCACAGUUAGCAAGCCACUACAACCAGGUAGCUCGUCACAGGUCCCUGAAACUGCAUAUAAGGAAAUCUCGCGGAUCAAAGAGGCUAGUGAGAUAGUGAAGAAACACACUUUUGGGAGCCCCAGUUUGCCAGGCGAAUUGAGCCCAAAGGUGCAGCUCCUUCGCGAUGAACUGAAAGCAUGCUUCAGCCACUCGGCGGAAACAAAAUGCAUAGUAUUCACAAAGAAGCGCUACACCGCCAGGAUGUUGUUUGAGCUUUUCACAAAACUGGAAAUCCCAUUUAUUCGACCGGGGGUCCUCAUAGGGGUGAGGUCCGGUGAUGUGGCAGGCAUGAAUGUGACUUUUCGGCAACAGUUCCUUGCGCUGGUCAAGUUCAGAAAUGGAGAGAUAAAUUGCUUGUUUGCUACUUCUGUGGCAGAGGAAGGCCUUGAUAUUCCGGACUGCAAUUUGGUUGUCAGGUUCGAUUUGUACAACACUCUCAUUCAGUAUGUGCAGAGUCGAGGUCGUGCACGCCAUCGGAGUUCGACCUACGCAGUCAUGGUUGAAAGGAUGAAUAGCGCCCAUGAAGAACUGCUGGAAGACACUCGAGCAGCUGAAAAAAUCAUGCAAAACUUCUGCGAGACCCUCCCCGAGGACCGUAUACUGCGUGGGACCGACUCCGACUUAGAGUCGAUUCUUGAGAAAGCUGAGGGAAAGCGAACUUUUACAAUCAAAGCAACAGGGGCAAAAUUGACCUAUCAUUCGUCCAUCGAUAUUCUAGCACGCUAUGCUAGCUCUCUGGUACGUCAGGCGUUCCUUGGACUGCUAGUACAAUAUGAGAAAGAUAGCCUCGCCCAAGCAAUUUAUGUCGUCCUUCCUGUGCACAAUACAUUUGUUUGCGAGGUCAUUCUCCCCGAGAAAUCUCCAAUUCGAGGACUCACCGGUAGUCCUGAAAUGAAAAAAUCCACCGCAAAACAAUCUGCAGCUUUUGAUGCGUGCCUCAUGCUUCGAAAACACAAACUUCUCGAUGACUAUUUCCAUUCAAUCUAUCACAGACGCCUACCUGCCAUGAGAAAUGCGAAACUGGCCAUUACGUCCAAGCGUACAAACCAGUAUGCCAUGUUGCCAAAACCUUCGCUUUGGAAGAAGCAACAAGGAACUAUGCCAUAUCAGCUUUUUGCUACAAUCAUUACCUUGGCUCCCUCAAAGACUCUUAGCCGAGGCCAUGGAGGUCUAGUAUUCUUAACUCGCCAAAGAAUGCCAAAGUUUCCUCCAUUUUCUAUCUUUCUAGACGACGACAUCGAGACUACGCUUAAUUGCGAGCCCCAACAAGAAGGUCUGACAGUAUCUCUCGAAGAUGUGGAGUUACUGACAACAUUCACGCUUCGUGUUUUCCAAGACGUCUUUAACAAGGUGUAUGCGCGAGAGGCCGAAAAACUCCCGUACUGGCUUGCUCCAGCAAAACUAGACGGUGCAUCAGUGAGUGCCAGUGAUCGGAAUGCGGUUGACUGGGAUAUAUUAUCGUUCGUCAGUGAGAAUGAGGAGAUCUUGUUCCCUGACAAUGCGGAUCCAAAAGCUCUGCUGAAUCGCUUCGUGUAUGAUAAAUGGGACGGGCGAUAUCGGUAUUUCAGCAUAGCCAUUGACGAGACGUUGUCUCCAUCAAGUCCGCCACCAUCAUUCGUGCCCCAUCGCAGACACAUGAAAGAUAUCAUGAACUAUACAUUAAGUCUUUCAAAGAAUUCGCGAGCUUUGUUUCUUUCCAAAUGCAAAUGGGAUCAGCCAGUCGUGCGAGCGGAGCUAGUGCGUCUACGGCGAAACCUUUUGGAUAAAAUGACGGAAAAGGAGAGGGAUAUCAAAACUCGAUGUUACAUUUGCAUUGAACCACUGAGAAUUUCCGCAAUUCCAGCGUCAACUGCAGCUUCCUGCCUUGCUUUUCCUGCGAUUCUGAGCAGAAUGGAAGCAUGUUUGGUUGCGCUCGAAGCAUGUGAGAAGCUAGAGCUGGCUGUAAAUCCAGAGUAUGCCCUGGAAGCGUUUACCAAGGACUCUGACAACACAGAAGAACACCGGGCCCUCCAAAUUCAUGUCCAAAGAGGCAUGGGAAAAAAUUACGAGCGCCUUGAGUUCCUAGGCGAUUGCUUCCUUAAGAUGGCUACAUCCUUAUCUCUUUUCAUACAAAAUCCUGAUGACGAUGAGUUCGAUUAUCAUGUGAAUCGCAUGUGUCUUAUCUGCAACAAAAACCUUUUUAACUCGGCGACGAAGAAGGAACUGUACCAGUACAUCCGCAGCCGAGGGUUUUCAAGGCAUACGUGGUAUCCUGAUGGUCUGAACCUUCUUCAGGGUAAGGAUCAUAGUAAGAAGGUUUCUUCCGAAGGCAAGCAUGCACUUGGCGAGAAGACGAUUGCAGAUGUUUGCGAAGCAAUUAUCGGGGCUUCAUUGCUCUCCGGUGGCGUUGAGCAUCGAUUUGAUGUUGCUGUCAAAGCAGUGAGCGCAUUGGUUGACAGCAAAAGUCACAGUCAGUCAUGUUGGAGAGAUUACAACGCCUCAUAUACGAUUCCCAGAUAUCAAGCCCAACAGCCUGAUGGGUUCGAAAUUGACCUUAGCCAGAGGGUAGAGAAGAAACUGGGUUACAGCUUCAAAUACCCACGACUUUUGCAUUCGGCCUUUACUCAUCCCUCAUACCCUUCCGCGUGGGCUAAAGUACCGUGUUACCAGAGACUUGAAUUUCUAGGCGACUCGCUCCUCGAUAUGGUGUGCGUGGAAGACAUAUUUCACCGAUUUCCCGACCGAGAUCCUCAAUGGCUCACAGAACAUAAAAUGGCAAUGGUGUCGAACAAGUUUCUUGGUGCUCUUGCGGUCAAGCUAGGGCUUCAUACACAUCUGAAACAUUUCAGCAGCCCCUUACAGUCGCAAAUUACACACUACGCGGAGGAGAUACAAACUGCUGAAAAUGAAAGCGAGGGAGCAGUAGAUUAUUGGAUCGUCACCAAGGAUCCACCCAAGUGCCUUCCCGACAUGGUUGAAGCAUAUCUUGGAGCUGUUUUUGUGGAUUCAAAUUUCACUUUCGAGGUGAUAGAGGCGUUUUUCGAGCGUUUCAUCAGGCCUUACUUCCAGGACAUGGCAAUCUAUGACACUUUCGCCAACAAGCAUCCUACGACGUUUCUGCAUAACAGAUUGACCAACGAAUUCGGUUGUAUCAACUAUUGUCUUAAGGCAGGUGAGAUACCCGCUGGAGAUGGGGGCCCUGUCAGCGUUCUGGCUGCUGUGAUCAUACAUAAUACCGUGAUUGCCGAGGGAACAGCCUCAUCAGGCCGCUAUGCGAAGGUUAAGGCGAGUGAAAAAGCACUGAGCGUCCUCGAAAAUACUGGGGUCCAUGAGUUUCGCGCGAAGUAUCGUUGCGACUGCCGAGCAACUGAUAGUAGCGGUCAGAGCGUGGACAUCGGAACUGCCAUAUGA